AUGAUCUCGACAGAAUCCUCUCGAAAUCUCAGAAAAAGACGUCGAAGAUACCUAAAAUCAUUUGAAUUUGGUGGAGAUGGAUGUUCUCGGAUUACUCUGGUCGUUGUUAUGGAUAUCAGAGCAUUUCGUGAGCUAGAAAGGCUGUUAGAACACGAAUAUUGGAAGAAAGUAGCAGCUGAAGAGAGAAUGUUGGAAUCUUUGGGCCUACUGCAAUAUAAAGUGAGGUUUUUUAUAUGUUCUUUUGAAUUUAGGUCUUACAUUUAUGUUUCACGGCUAUAUCAUGUCUCUGGAUUGAGUGAGAUGUUGUCUGAUAAGUAGAUUUGGCUCCUUUUUUGCCUUCUUUAAGCUUUUUUGGAUAUUGCACAAAGUAUCAGAUGGUUUUCGUCCAGAAAAUUUAUUGUAAAGCGCAAUUAAAGCAUUCCUUUAUCUUAUUAGCUAGCUUGUUGUUCCGACCAGCUGAUAGGACGCUUCUUGCAGUCAAACUGGCAUGAAUUUACUUUUAUUUAACUUAUUAUCCAUGAUCAACCACCUUGCUUUAUUUUUUUUAGCCAUGUCGUCUAAUAAUCUUCGAAAAGUCGGGCGAUUUCGAUGUUGUUGAUCUCAAAGGGUAUGUUAGGACUUUUCUCAACAAAUAUUCUGCUUUUGAAAUUUAGAAAUGGCCUAGUUCUAUCCGAAUUUUACGAAAGUCUCCGGCUCGAAAGCGGAAUGUGGUUCCUCUCAACUUUAGGCGGUGGAUUCUCAUCAUUAGGCGAUUGCGGCGAUAAAGAAUCAGUAAGUAUAAGGUGUCAUGCUGAUCCUAGCACAUUUUUUGUUUUUUGAUUUGACUGAAAAGGCUGGUUUUUAGGCCCUAAAAGCACUGAGGAUAUCAGAGACCCAGUUCAAGGUGGCGCUUCGGAUGGGAGACGAUUUUAUGUGCGGAAGAGCCGUAUUAUACUAUGGAACAGCGAUGACACAGCUUGGAGAUUACCAGAACGCCUUUAGAGCGGUAUUGUAAGUCGUUUUUAGAUUUUUUUUUUGAUUUUUAGGUAAAGAUUAGAGGAGAUUUGUGAUUUUUGAUGGAAGAACAAUGUUCUUGUGGGGAAGCUGUAUAGAUUCUCGGCGUUACUGAUAACUUCUGCCAUACGAAGUUUUUCACCACCUUUUCCUAUCCAAGUUCCCCCAAUUUUCAGCCAAAUUGACAAAUUUUGCCUAGUGUAAAUAAAUUUUCCUCGAUUUUUUUAUAAAUUUUUGUUUGAUCAGCGAGAUGAACUCAUAUUUGCUUGCAGGAGAGUGUUUAUUCACUCGCUACGCGCCAAUGAUGAAGCUUUAUUUCGAAUGUCCGCUGCGCUCUACAUGAAAAUCAGUUAUACAGCUGAUGAGAAGUUCCGGAGCAACAAAAAGUUCCGAAAUCUCAAACGGUUGUACAAAAUGCUCCCAGGAAAAAAUGGAAAUAGCCUCAGGCCGAUCGAUCUGCAAACUGGAUUUUGA